GAGAGAGAGAAGAGAGAGAAUACAUAUAUAUUGGUUUUGGAGAAAGGGGAAGGGGAAGAGAAAAAGAGGAGGAGCUCGCUUUGUGGUUUGAGGUCGAAUGGGUUCCCCUUUUCUCUGAUUUUUGUUUGGAUUGUAAUUUGUUUCUUGGUAAGAUGAGUCACCAAUCCCUCUUCCCAUGCUCGGACGGUGUCGAACGAAAAUUUCAUCUAAUCCCUUUCGAUUCCGCACCUCAUCUCCAAAUGUUGCAGUCAAUCUCGCUGGGUUUAGACGAUCGGUGAAGUGAAAUACUUGUUCAUAGUAGUGGUGAUUUGCUGGUUUGUUUCUGUUGAGCUACGUAGGCUAAAUUCGGUUGCAUUUUGAGCUAUUAAUUCUCAUAACUUAGCUUCGAUUCAUUGGACAUUGUGGAUUGCAAUUGUUUGACAAAAAGUGCCAGGCUAAAUCCAUUUUACCGCUUCAAGAAAAAAUUUACUUGAGAUUGGAAAGAAGAAUGAUAGCAAAGAUCGAUUGGAGUUAGAAGAAGGAAAAGGGGGUUCUGUUGAUCGUAAACUUUGAUUGCAUUAGUUCUGUCCAAUGGGCUUGCCUCAAUUAUCUCCUAAUUUAGCCGAUGAAGUGACCACUGCACUAAGCACUUUUGUGUCGACUCCUCCCCGCUUUGGUGGUAUCGGCACCUGUGAUUUGGAUGGCCUUCAUGGAGGAAGCUCAAGUAAUAGGAUUUCGGGAGAAUUUCCAUCUGAUUUUCAGAGGAAAACGACGUUGGAAGUACCAAAAGCAACGGAUGGGUCUAUGAAUUACAAGAAUGCCAUCGAUGGAGCUACGAGCCUUCAAGGGCUCAGGAUUGAUUCGAAGGAUACAAAUGGUAGAUUCCUUCCUAGAAUGGGCCAAACUGUUCAAAGGCCUUUAAUGAGAGUUGUCGGUUUUGAAUCAAGCGAAAUCAAUUCAUCUAUAGCCAAUGCCAAGAAUGAUCCGUUGGCUGAUCUAAAUGGCCCUCAAGUGAGGAAACGAUUACAUUCUCCUUUGAAUAGCACUCUUCGUAAGCAAUUCCAUGGUGAUUUUUUAGAUAUUGCUUGUGGCAAUUCUCGAAUUGGUUCUUCUUCUGAUUUGGGUCGAAAAGAUGGUUUUAACUCCCAAGAGACUAAGAAAGCCAAUAUGGGAGGUCCUAAUUCCUUCGAUUCUCCAGUUUGGUCUGUUUCUGGGAGCUCAAAUUGGGGUAGUAUGCCGUGCAAUUUGUUUACUGAUGGUCCUUUGCUUGAGAACAAAGAGCCCUUUUAUCAUAGCGAUGUAGGAACAACUAAAAUAAGUACUCUUGGUAAAGAAAUAGCUGUAUCUCCGAAACAGCUUCACUCGCCACCACCAUCCUUGUCUCCCCUUGGUCCUAAAUGGCAUGAAAGAUUCAAAAUAUCUGGAAUUCAAAGGGAUAUUAUGAAACAUAUUAGAGACGAUGCUUCGGUUUGGAAGGACAGACAGGGAUUAAACAGUGAAAGUGAAAUUGGGAUCUUAUUUCCUUCGGAGGAAGAUGAUUUUAGUACUACAAAGGAUUUAUUAGGCGAGGAUAAUAUGUUGCAUGAUGAAUUAGAUUCAUUUAACCUGCAGAGAACUUGUAAUAGUAGUCAAAAUUGUGGUAUUGGGUCUGCGCCCACUCCUCGCUGCAUGAACUAUGUAAGAAGUUUGAGUCUUCUCCCUGUUAGGAGGUCACUCGUUGGUUCGUUUGAAGAGUCUCUUUUAUCUGGUAGGCUCUCAUCUGGGAAAGAUAGCCAGAGAAUUGAUGGCUUUCUAGCUGUGCUAAAUGUUACUGGUGGUAGCUUUUCACCUUCAACUCAGAAGCUUCCUUUUGCGGUAACCAGCAUUGAUGAUGAUAGCCCCUUGCUGUACUAUGCAUCGAUCGAUCUUGCGGGGAGAUUGCCUCCAAAUAAUAAGAGUAAAAGCCCAAAAUUCAGAAGAAGCCUCAGCCACAAUGAUGAUUCACGAGCUGCGAGGAGUCGACUACGGGUCCCUGUAAAAGGGCGCAUUCAACUGGUUCUUAGCAACCCAGAGAUGACUCCUGUUCAUACUUUCUUUUGCAACUACGAUUUGAGCGACAUGCCUGCAGGAACUAAGACUUUCAUGCGGCAAAAGGUCGCUCUAGCUUCUUCUGCAUCUCCACCUAAUCCAAUGAAAGACGCAAGCGAAGAUCGCGGCACAAAUAUUCUGCCUAAAGCUCAAAGUGAACAUAGAGAACGCAACUGUGAUUCUGCUGAAUGUUGUGCACAUAAGACGUCGCACAAUGGGCAUGGAAUUUCAGAACAAUGUAGUACUACCAUGAAUAUAAAAGAUAGUACUAACAGUAAUAGUAUCCACAGUGAAAGUGAAAGAACUGAUAAUGAUAAUAAUACUACUAGGAGGUGUAGUCAUAGCUCAUCAAAGGCCAAUGAUACUUCGGCUGAAAGGGGCGGUGUUCUUCGCUAUGCUCUUCACCUGCGAUUCUUGAGUCCUUUUUCUAAGAAAGCUUCGAGAUCGGUGCAGAGAUGCAAAUCCGACCUCUCGUCGGUGCCCCGCGGUGGCGGAACGGAAGCAGCGGAGGAGAGGCGCUUCUAUUUGUAUAAUGAUCUGAGAGUUGUGUUUCCUCAGCGCCAUUCGGAUGCAGAUGAGGGCAAGUUGCGCGUAGAGCACCACUUCCCCGCCGAUCCGAAGUACUUCGACAUAAGCAACUGAUCAUUGCGCUCGCCUCGUCGCAGCGAGAUGUCGCUGAAUUGUACAUAUUUCUAAUAACAUCAAAAGUUGGUUUCUUCGUUUAUGAUCUCGACCAACUUGUAUACAACUCACUUUUCUUUUUCGAAAUGAAAUAUCCUCACUUCAUUGUCCUCUACGCAUGGGUUGAGAAUUCUCUCUUUUUUGUCGUUGUUCACCAAUUGGAGUAUCGUGGAAAAACUAAGGACAAAAAAAUCUCGCAAUGUGAUUAAAGGGAAUGGAAAUGCCUCAUCAGAUGUUUAAA